ACCAACCACAACCCAAGGAGAUGCCUCGAGUUAGAAGACGAGUGCGUCAUAUAUAAGGCCUAGAAGUCGGCACCAAUUUCCAUGGCUGUUUCCAUUCUACUUCCUAAGUAUUAAGAGUUUCUGCGUAAUUGUUGCGGACUGUGCAGAUGUUUAGCAUCGGUCAUCUAAAUAUUAGAUCUUUGCUUAAAUCUUUUAAUGAUUUUGAAGGUGUGUUGGCUGACGGUGGCUAUCAUGUGUUUGCAUUGAGCGAGACUUGGCUGUCUGCUGGAAUCGAUAAUAAUGCAAUAUCUGUGAACGGAUAUAAGGUGCUUCGAAAGGAUAGAGAGACUAGAGCGGGGGGCAUUGCGUUGUAUAUAAGGGAAGGAAUAACAGUUACCACAGUCGAUGUGAGUGAUGCAAUAGAGCAGCUGUGGGUCAAGAUACGACUGGACGGAUUGAGUCUUGCCUUGGCGGUUGUGUACAGACCCCCGUUAGUCAAUUAUAAUUUGUUCCUCAAUGAAUUAGAGGACGCGCUUUCGAUUAUAUUGCCUACGGUGGACAGGGUGGUGAUUCUUGGGGAUUUUAAUAUCGACAUGUUGACCGUGACCACCCGUAAGUCCCUAGCGCUACAAGAUUUACUUGAUUCUACGGGCUUGUAUCAAGUCAUUGAGGGACCAACACGAGUAACCCAAUCAUCGUCUACUUUGAUUGAUCUGAUACUGGUAUCUGACCGCAGCAUGGUCAGUGAGGUGGGUGUCGCAGACGGGGGAAGUAUGUCAGAUCAUGAUAUAAUAUACUGCAAUCUAAAAUUUAAAACCCCACCACAUCCGCCUCUGAUUAGAACCUUUCGCUCUUUCAAAUAUUUUCAAUACGAUCACUUCGCUGAUGAUCUGUAUAGAAUACCAUUUUUUCACAUUUUUGAUAUUCCCGACGGGGACUCUAAGGUAAAUUUUUUCAAUAACGCCCUAUGUAGUGUUCUAGAGGUACAUUGUCCACUGAAAACCUGCAGUUUUGUAAGACCUCAGUCGCCAUGGAUCACUGAUACAAUCAAGUCUAUGCAAAAAAUUCGGGACAGGGCAUAUCGGGAAUUUAAAGCAACAAAGCUACCGCAGAAAUGGACCUUUUAUAAAACAAUGAGACGAAUUGUUACGGAAGCUAUCCGUACAGAGCGCAGAGUAUAUCUUGAACUUCAAAUUAAAAGCGCGAAUAAUAAAUGGACAGCAUUGAGAAAAGCGGGUUUGUUUAAUAAGAAGCAAAUUUCAAUACCGGGGCACCUUAAAAAUCUAAACCAGUUGAAUGCGCACUUUGUCGGUGUGGGUAUAUCGGGGUAUGAUGCUGACCUUUACAAUUAUUAUCUUAAUAAUACACUAUAUAGCCAGGUUUUUGAAUUUGCUGAAAUUGCUGAAGCCAAUGUUGAGGAAACUAUUAACGCAAUAAACAGUAAUGCUAUGGGCUAUGACAGCUUAAAUAUAAAAAUUAUUAAAUUGUGUUGCCCCCAUAUUAUACCAUAUGUUAGGCAUAUUGUAAAUCAUGUCAUAGAGACUAGUUCCUUCCCGGCUUCGUGGAAGAUAUCGUUGCUAAACCCUCUCCCUAAAAUUAAUAAUCCUCAAAGGCUGUCUGACUUAAGACCAAUAAGCAUAUUGCCGGUUCUCUCAAAGGUCAUGGAGAAGAUUUUAUUUGAACAACUUAGCAAAUAUACUGGUUAACGAGAUUUCUGGAUCUGUAGGACUGUGCACGUCCGGUGCAUUACUUAAACGUCGAUAUUGGGCAACCUUGUUUUCGGCUCAAUGCACCUUUCAGAGUUACCGAUGAUGUUAAUACCUCAGCUCUGCCGUAUCUGCCGUAUUUGCAAAAAAAAGAAAAAAAUAUAUCAUUAU